AUGACGGAAUACAAGAGAGAGCCCGUGAUUUACGGCAUUCAGCCGGAUGACAAGGAGAAGCUUGGGGAGACGACGACCAAGCUUGACGAUUCCGACAUCAGCGGCCUUCUGGAGCAAUUGAGACAGAUCGUGGCUGAGAACGAGCUCGACGUCAACUUCCCCUCCCAUAUCCUCGACCAGGCUCGGGAGAUCCUCGAGGCCGAGGAGCACAACAUCGACCUGUCACAGCUCAACGUUGUCAUUGGCGAAAUCGAGAAGCAGCGCUUCCUGAUUGAGAAUGACUCGCCUUACCCUGAGGUUCGCGCCGUCGUCGAUCCCACCGACGAUCCCGCGGUGUCGGCCAACACCUUCCGAGCCUGGUUCCUGGGCCUGGUGGCAACCAUCAUCUUCACGGGUGUCAACCAGCUGUUUACCAUGCGCUAUCCGGCCAUCAGCAUCUACUCCCUGGUCGCGCAGUUGCUUGCAUACCCCUGUGGUGUGUUUUUGGCCAAGGUUCUGCCCACGCGCCAGUGGAAUCUCUUUGGCUGGAAAUUCACCCUAAACCCCGGCCCCUUCAACCAGAAGGAACACAUGCUGAUCACGGUCAUGUCCAAUGUCUCCUUCGGUGGCACCAAUGGAACCGCCUACGUGACCUACAUCUUCCAGGCUGGGUUCCAGAUCCUGGUUACUCUCUCGACCCAGUUGCUGGGAUACGGGUGUGCCGGUGUGGUGCGGCGAUUCCUGGUGUAUCCCCCUGCCAUGAUCUACCCGACCUCCCUCUCGACCAUCGCCCUCAACAAGGCCCUCCACAGUGACGAGGGUCGAGACGGGCAUGUUCAUGGCUGGAAGAUCACCCGCUACCGCUUUUUCAUGUAUUGCUUCAUCGGGAUGUUCUUCUACUACUGGCUUCCUGGCUACCUCUUCCAGGCCCUCUCCUACUUCAACUGGAUCAACUGGAUUGCGCCGAAUAACGUCAACCUGGCCAUCAUCUGCGGUACCGUCACCGGCAUGGGUCUCAACCCCCUGCCCACCUUCGACUGGAACAUCAUCUACGCCCUAUAUGACCCUAUCAUCUACCCCUUCUACGCGCUCUCGAACAUCGCGAUCGGCACGAUCGUCGGAGGUUUCUUCAUCAUCGUCCCGUUGUACUACAAGAACGUGUGGAAUGCGGCUUACUUCCCGAUUCUCAGCAACGAUGUCUACGACAACACGGGUUCCACGUACAAUGUGACUCGGGUGCUGAACAGCAAGGGCGAGUUUGACCUGGCAGGGUACGAGAGUUACAGCCCUCCAUUCCUCACCACUGGAUAUAUCAUGAUCUUCUACUUCUCCUUUGCCAUUUACCUGGCCGCCAUUGUCCACGUUGCGCUGUACAACCGCCGCGAGAUCAUCAAGGGCUUCAAGGCCAUGUGGAAGUGGACCAACGCCAGGGAUGAGCACGAGGACAUCCACAACCGACUGAUGAAGGCAUACAAAGAAGUGCCAGAAUGGUGGUACCUGACUCUUCUGGCAAUCUCUUUUGUCUUUGCCUGCGUCGGUGUGGCCGUGUACGACACCGGACUGCCCAUCUGGUCGAUUGUGUUUGCCAUCGCGCUGUGCCUGUUCCUCCAGAUCCCUUACGGCAUGGUGUACGCCAUCACCAACUCCGAGGUCACCAACAAUGUCAUCGCAGAGUUCAUUGGAGGCUACGCCAUUGCCGGCAAGCCGGUGGCCAACCUGUUGUUCAAGGCGUACGGCUACAUUGCCUGUGCGCAAUCGAUCCAGUUCGUCGCCGAUUUGAAGCUUGGCCACUAUAUGAAGAUUGCCCCCCGCGUGAUGUUCUCGGCCCAGCUGGUCGCCACCAUCGUCGGUGCCUUUGUCUCUCUCGGGGUCAACACCUGGGCUCUCGACAACAUCAGCGACGUGUGCUCUAUUGACCAGCCACAAAAGUUCACCUGUGCCGGUGCCCGCGACUUCUACACCUCCUCCGUCAUCUGGGGGGCCAUCGGACCGCGUCGUCUCUUCGGCGCUGGCAAGGUCUACAACUCGGUGCUCUACGGGUUCCUCGUCGGCGCCCUCAGCCCCAUCCCCUUCUACAUCUACACCAAAUACUUCCCUCGCUCCCCCGUCCGUUACGUGUAUCUCCCGCUUGUGUACUACGGGAUCACGGAUCUCGCGCCCUACAACGUCACCUACGCCUGGGCCCCUCUCGUCGUCGGCUUCUUCUUCAACUACAUCAUCAAGAACCGCUGGAUGGCCUGGUGGGAGAAGUACGCGUAUGUGUUCACAUCCGCCAUGUCGUGCGGUGUGGCCAUCUCCGCGCUGGUCAUUUUCUUUGCCGUCGAGUAUCACGCUGUUAAUGUUAAUUGGUGGGGCAAUGAGGUCUCGUACAUUGGCUGCGACAACGACGAGUGUCCGCUGUUGUCGAUGCCCGCGUCGGGAGUAAUUGGUUGAGGAGUGAGGUUUAUGCGGUGGGAGAUGAUGUGGA